AUGCAAACGGCGACUGCCUCUAUUCUCGACGUUUCAAGGACGGGGGUGAUUCGAGAGGAUGGCAGGAACGCCCCAAAUAACUACACAGGACAAUGUAGCCAAAUAUUUCCACCUCAUCUUGGUACAUCCCAGAUAAUCCAUGGCAAUGGUACCAUAAUUGGCACAGUCAUAACGUUCCAGUGUUCUGCAGACCACCAGCUGAUUGGACAACGAGUUGUCACGUGCAUUUGGAAAGGAAAUGAAACACAGUGGACAGCAGGCAUUCCUGCAUGUAAGCCGAUGUCUAAAUAUGAAACCUUUGGAUUUAAAGUUGCGGUGAUUGCCUCCAUUGUCAGCUGUGCUAUUAUUCUGUUGAUGUCUAUGGCUUUUUUAACCUGUUGUCUUAUCAAAUGUGUUAAGAAAAGUGAGAGAAGAAGAGCACAAAGAGAUAUGCAGCUGUGGUACCAGCUCAGAACAGAAGAACUGGAAAGCAUGCAGGCUGCCUACUUUGGUUUUAAAGGCAGAAACAACAACAACAACAACAAAAGAAGCAAGAAGAAAUCUGUAUUUGAUGAUGGUUUUAACAUGGCCUAUGACAACCAAGGCUUCUGCAGUUUCCAUGAAGAAUGGGCUGGAGACAUGACAGAGACUGGCUAUAGUGGAGAUAACAAUUUUCACUGCAAAACAACCAAAACCAGCCAUGCCCUUGAUAAACAGUUAGUACCAGGACACAAUAUUGCUAUACAUACCAUCAGUACAAUACAUGUUGUAGAGGUCUAUGGGCCUGAAAAGGAUAUGGUUGGGACAACAGAUAUGCAUUUACCUGGAUGAGCAAGUUCAGAAAUGCAAUUUGAGAUCUGCUGGACCAAAGCCAAAUGGGAAUACAAAUGCCUGCUGAAUGUGCCUUAAAAACUGCAUAGAAGUAAAUGACUGGAUUGUUCCUAUGUAUCUUCACCAGUAAAUGUCAGAAUAUAUACAUGAAAAAGAUUGCAUUCUGGUGCAAUUUAAAUAAAACAGUACAUAUUGAUAUUUAACAGAAAGUAGCCAUUUCUGCAAUUUGCUUUCAAAAGUGAAUACAUUAAGAAGACAAUGAUACCUUUCUUCAGCAUAAUUCUUAACAGGUGUUGUUGUUUUUUUGCUCCAUGUGAAAUCAUUGACAAGAAGUACAAAUGCACUGCAAAUUUAUUUUAUCUUCUCUUUUUUCUAAAUAGACCAGAAAGAAUAAAAUGUA